AAGUACCAUUGUGGGCUACACGCUUUGAGAAGUCCGCAAGCUAGCGUUAGCUAAAGUUAUUACUACACAUUUUUUUGGACAAGGCAGUUUCUCGAGAAAGAAAUGCCUUCGCUAAACGGAAAAACGGAUGUUAUAUUUGAGAACGAUGAUCUGCCUUACGAGGAGGAGAUUAUCAGAAACCCAUACUCAGUCAAGUGCUGGAUGCGGUACAUCGAAUUCAAACAGAAUGGAUCCAAAUCCACCCUCAAUAUGAUAUAUGAACGGGCUCUGAAAGAGCUUCCUGGAAGCUAUAAGCUAUGGUACAAUUACCUGAGAGAGAGAAGGAAACAAGUCAAAGGAAAAUGUAUCACUGAACCAGUUUAUGAAGAGGUCAAUAAUUGCCAUGAAAGGGCAUUGGUGUUCAUGCAUAAGAUGCCCAGAAUAUGGCUUGAUUACUGCCAGUUCCUUGUAUCUCAAUGUAAGAUCACAAGAAGCAGGCGAACAUUUGACCGUGCGCUCAGAGCUCUACCCGUCACUCAGCACCCACGUAUCUGGCCUCUGUAUCUCCGCUUUGUUCGUAACCUGCCCCUGCCUGAAACAGCCAUACGAGUGUACCGCAGGUACCUUAAGCUUUCUCCAGAGAAUACAGAGGAAUACAUCGACUACUUACGGUCUGUUGGCCGCUUGGAUGAAGCAGCUGUGCGGCUUGGAGCUGUUGUCAAUGAUGAAAGCUUUGUGUCCAAAGAGGGCAAGUCCAACUACCAACUGUGGCAUGAGUUAUGCGACCUGAUCUCGCAGAACCCCGAUAAGGUGACCUCCCUGAAUGUAGGAGCCAUCAUCCGGGGAGGCCUCACUCGCUUUACAGACCAGCUUGGCAAACUUUGGUGCUCUUUGGCUGACUAUUACAUCAGGAGUGGUCACUUUGAAAAGGCCCGUGAUGUAUAUGAGGAGGCCAUCCUAACUGUGGUAACAGUAAGGGAUUUCACACAAGUGUUUGAUAGCUACGCCCAGUUUGAGGAGAGCAUGAUCGCUGCCAAGAUGGAGACCACUGCUGAGAUCGGGCAGGAUGAAGAUGAUGACAUCGACCUGGAGCUUAGGCUGGCCCGCUUUGAGCAGCUGAUAGCACGGCGGCCUCUCCUGUUGAACAGUGUACUGCUGCGGCAGAACCCUCAUAAUGUCCAUGAGUGGCACAAGCGGGUAAAACUGUAUGAGGGAAAUCCACGGCAGAUCAUCAACACAUACACUGAGGCAGUACAGACUGUGGAUCCAAUGAAGGCCACGGGAAAGCCUCACUCUCUCUGGGUUUCUUUUGCUAAAUUCUAUGAAGAAAAUGAGCAGCUGGAUGACGCAAGGACUAUCUUUGAGAAGGCUACCAAGGUGAACUACAAGCAGGUGGAUGACCUUGCCACAGUGUGGUGUGAAUAUGGAGAGAUGGAGCUGCGACACGAAAACUAUGAACAGGCACUGCGCAUACUCAGGAAAGCUACAGCCAUCCCAUCCAAGAAAGCGGAGUACUUUGAUGCAUCUGAGCCAGUCCAAAACAGAGUCUACAAGUCCUUGAAGGUCUGGUCUAUGCUGGCAGAUUUAGAGGAGAGUCUUGGCACUUUCCAGUCUACAAAAGCAGUCUAUGACCGCAUUAUUGACCUCCGCAUUGCCACACCACAGAUCAUCAUCAAUUAUGCCAUGUUCCUUGAAGAGCACAACUAUUUUGAGGAAAGCUUCAAAGCAUAUGAGCGUGGCAUCGCUCUCUUCAGGUGGCCAAAUGUUUACGACAUAUGGAACACUUACCUAACCAAGUUUAUUGAUCGUUAUGGGGGCAAGAAGCUGGAGAGAGCCAGAGAUUUAUUUGAACAAGCCCUGGAUGGCUGUCCUGCCAAGUUUGCCAAGACCAUUUACCUGUUGUAUGCCAAAUUGGAGGAGGAGUAUGGAUUGGCACGACAUGCCAUGGCUGUAUAUGAGAGAGCAACAGAAGCUGUGGAAACUCAGGAGAGACAUCACAUGUUCAAUAUCUACAUCAAGAGAGCAGCUGAAAUAUAUGGAGUCACAUAUACCAGAGCAAUUUACCAGAAGGCUAUUGAGGUCCUUCCUGAUGAACAUGCAAGGGACAUGUGCCUGCGAUUUGCUGACAUGGAGAGUAAAUUGGGUGAGAUUGAUCGGGGCAGAGCCAUCUACUCCUACUGCUCCCAGAUCUGUGACCCCAGGGUGACAGCUGAAUUCUGGCAGACUUGGAAAGAAUUUGAGAUCCGCCAUGGAAAUGAGGACACUAUUAGAGAAAUGCUGAGGAUCAAGCGCAGUGUCCAGGCAACAUACAACACCCAGGUCAAUUUCAUGUCCUCUCAGAUGAUGAAGGCCACAACAAGCUCUACAGGCACUGUGUCAGAUCUUGCUCCAGGCCAGUUGGGCAUUGAUGACAUGAAGAUGCUGGAGCAGAAAGCACAGCAGCUUGCUGCAGAGGCAGAGCAGGAUAAACCCAAACCAAAAGAAAAGAUUCUCUUUGUCAGGAGUGACACCUCUCGCAGUGAGUUGGCUGAACUUUCCAAACAAGCAAAUCCUGAUGAGAUUGACAUUGAUGAUGAUGAUGAAGACGAUGAAGACCACGGCCCAGAUGAGGUGCAACUUGAACAGAAGAGUGUCCCCACAGCUGUCUAUGGAGGGCUCAAAGAUGACUGAAAAAUACCUAGCAAGGCCACUUGCUGACUUUUUCAAAGAUGCAGUCCUCACAUUUUUCUUGUAAUCACAAAAAGACUAAAUUCAAUAGUGCAAAUGGUUAAAUGCAUCCACUUUACAUUAAUAGAAUUUGACCUGUACUUAACAUGAGGAAACUGUCAGAAUUUGUACCUUCCAUAUAUUUUUGUAGAACAGUAUAUAAAAAUAUGAACUUGUCAGUAUUGGC